CUUGGUAUAGGUGUCUCAAGUCGACGUAGUUAUCCCUAAUUCAGCUGUUGAGCGAAAAGAAAUAAAUAAAAAAUCUCUGUCGUCUCGGAUCGAAUGUAUCGAACGGAAAAAAAUUCAUCCAAAAAUCAAAAAUGCAUUGGUUUAAAUAAGUUGGCAAAGGAAAAAAUACAUGAUUAGCUGUGCGUGUGCGAGAGUGUGUGAAAGAAGAAAAGUUUAAUAAAAUUUGGCCAAAGUUGAGCUGGAAAAUCAAGAAGUGCGAUUGCAAAGGAAAAUAAGAAGUGUGCAAAAUAAAAUAAGAAAAAUAUAUUGUGUGGAAAUUUAAAGAAGAAUAGCCAAGAAAAUAUUCAAGGGAAUAUCUUUUUGAAAACGCCCUUGUUGUUUCGUGGGAAAUAUUUGUGAAAAGGGCUGCCAACAAAAAAAAAACAAACCCAGAGAAAAAUAAUUGUGUAAAAUAAAACCAGGCAGGAAAAAAAAAAAGAAAACAAAGGAAAAAACAAAAUUUUUUUUUCCUAGUUGGGGCAAAACAUUUUUCUUGUCUUGAUUUUGGUGUUUGUUCUCUGUCAACGACGAAUUUUACUAACAAAACGUAAAGUAAGAAAACAACAGAAAAUAAAAAGAGUGUCGUCUGGUCUGGUUGCUGGUCCUCCUCACCCGCCCGUCCCCACAACGGUUGUAACAUCAACUUGCAAACAAUUAUUGGUGGAUUUAAUGUUGGAUUCAAUACCAUGACCAGCCGCAGUCGAGCUAUAAAUGUUAACCUGGAUGCGGUCAUCAAUGAUCCAUUGCGUGAGCUGUUCGAAGCCUGCAAAACGGGUGAAAUUGGCAAAGUUAAGAAGCUGAUAACAUCGCAGACAGUUAAUGCUCGUGAUACGGCUGGAAGGAAAUCGACACCGCUACACUUUGCAGCAGGUUACGGUCGCCGAGAGGUUGUUGAAUUCCUACUCAACAAUGGUGCUUCCAUACAGGCCUGCGACGAGGGUGGCCUCCAUCCUCUACACAAUGCCUGUUCCUUUGGUCAUGCCGAAGUGGUACGCAUGCUGCUGAAGGCCGGUGCCUGUCCCAAUACGACAGAUAACUGGAACUACACACCGCUGCACGAGGCGGCCAGCAAGGGCAAAGUCGAUGUCUGCAUUGCCCUGCUGCAGCACGGUGCCAAUCCGAAUAUUCGUAAUUCGGAGAAUAAAACUCCCCUGGAAUUGGCCGACGAGAAUACACGACCCGUCCUCACCGGCGAGUAUCGUAAGGAUGAACUUUUAGAGGCGGCUCGAUCGGGGGCCAAGGAACGUCUGUUGGCCCUGCUGACACCACUCAAUGUUAAUUGUCAUGCUAGCGAUGGUAGACGUUCAACACCUUUACAUUUAGCAGCGGGUUACAAUCGGAUAGGAAUUGUCGAAAUUCUGCUGGCACAUGGAGCGGAUGUGCAUGCUAAAGAUAAAGGUGGUUUGGUGCCAUUACACAAUGCCUGUUCGUAUGGUCACUUCGAGGUGACCAAACUACUGAUCAAGGCCGGUGCUGAUGUCAAUGCCAAUGAUUUGUGGGCAUUUACGCCGUUGCACGAAGCUGCCUCUAAGAGUCGUGUCGAAGUGUGUAGUCUGCUCCUGAGCAAGGGAGCGAAUCCGACGCUGCUCAAUUGCCACAAUAAGUCGGCAAUUGAUUCGGCACCAACGAGGGAAUUGCGUGAGCGUAUUCACUAUGAAUACAAGGGCCAUUGUGUCUUGGAUGCUUGCAAAACCGGCAAUAUACCCAGGCUAAAGAAAUUCCUUUCAUCGGAAACGGUCAACUUUGUACAUCCUUAUACGGGGGACACGCCUUUGCAUGCAACAGCAGUGUCCAUUGAUCCCAAACGGAAACAGAUCUCCGAAUUACUUAUACGCAAAGGUGCACUGCUAAACGAGAAGAAUAAAGCCUUCCUCACACCCCUGCAUGUGGCUGCCGAACAAUUGCACUACGACAUUAUGGAUACUCUGUUGAAAAAUGGUGCCAAAGUCAGUGCUGUCGAUGGAUUGGGACAGACGGCGUUGCACAAAUGUGCUCGUGACGAACAGGCCGUACGUUUGCUACUCUCCUAUAAUAUUGACACCUCCAUCAUAUCGGUGGAGGGGUACACGGCCGCCCAACUAGCCUCAGAUAGUGUUUUGAAAAUUCUCAAAGAUCCACCAGACACUGAAACACAUCUGCUGGAAGCUGCCAAGGCUGGAGAUUUGGAUACAGUGCGGCGCAUCGUAUUGGCCAAUCCACAUUCGGUGAAUUGUCGUGACCUAGACGGGAGACAUUCGACACCUUUGCAUUUUGCCGCAGGCUUUAAUCGGGUGCAAGUUGUGGAGUUCCUGUUGGAACAGGGAGCCGAGGUGCAUGCCGCCGACAAGGGUGGUCUGGUGCCGCUGCACAAUGCCUGCUCAUAUGGACAUUUUGAGGUAACAAAAUUGCUUAUAAAAGCCGGUGCCAAUGUCAAUGUUUCGGAUCUGUGGAAAUUCACACCGCUCCAUGAAGCUGCCGCCAAGGGAAAAUAUGAUAUUGUUAAGCUGCUUCUCAAACACGGUGCAGAUCCCACAAAAAAGAAUCGUGAUGGUGCCACACCUGCUGAUUUAGUCAAAGAAUCCGAUCAUGAUGUGGCCGAAUUGCUUAGGGGUAACUCGGCUCUUUUGGAUGCUGCCAAGAAAGGUAAUCUGGCACGAGUUCAAAGGCUGGUUACCCCCGAAACCAUCAACUGUCGCGAUGCUCAAGGCCGCAACUCCACACCCUUGCAUUUGGCUGCCGGCUACAACAACUACGAAGUGGCGGAAUACCUUUUGGAGAAUGGGGCCGAUGUCAAUGCCCAGGACAAGGGUGGCCUAAUACCUCUGCACAAUGCAUCCUCGUAUGGCCAUCUGGAAAUUGCGGCGCUCCUCAUCAAACACAAGACUGUGGUAAAUGCUACCGACAAAUGGGGUUUCACACCCCUGCAUGAAGCAGCCCAAAAGGGUCGCACACAACUCUGUUCGUUGCUGCUGGCCCAUGGUGCUGAUCCCUAUAUGAAAAAUCAAGAAGGCCAAACUCCCAUAGAAUUAGCCACAGCUGAUGAUGUGAAAUGUUUGCUGCAAGAUGCCAUGGCCACAUCGUUGAGUAGCUCAGCAUUAAGUGCUUCCCAACAAUCAUUGCUGAGCAACAACUCAACCCCAUUGGCUUCGGCGGCAGCGGCGGGUGCAGCAACAACCGCAACAUCAGCUACCGCCAACAGUUUAUCGGCCACAAAUGGCAGCAGUGUGGCCGCCUGUACAGUGCUCUCGCCCAGCACUGAGACCGUAACCCUGCCUUCGGGUGCCUCAAUGACCCUAAGUGUUCCUGUGCCUCUACCCUUGUCGACACGCAUCAGUCCAGCUCAGGGUGCCGAAGCCAAUUCCACAGAUUUGGGUGAAGAUGUUGCCGAUCCCGAGUCCAUAACAAACAUUGCCAGUUUCUUGAGCAGUUUACAAUUGGAACAUCUAACGGAUCUCUUCGAAAGGGAACAAAUAACGCUGGAAAUAUUGGCCGAAAUGGGUCAUGAAGAUUUGAAACAGGUUGGAGUGUCGGCGUAUGGUUUUCGUCAUAAGAUACUUAAGGGCAUAGCUCAAUUGAGGGCUACCACGGGUAUUGGCAACAAUGUCAAUCCUGGCACAUUGCUAGUUGAUCUUUUACCCGAUGAUAAAGAAUUUCUAGCAGUGGAGGAGGAAAUGCAGGCCACCAUCAGAGAGCACAGGGACAAUGGUCAAGCUGGUGGUUAUUUUACCCGUUAUAACAUUAUACGAGUUCAAAAGGUACAAAAUCGUAAACUGUGGGAACGAUAUGCCCAUCGUCGCCAAGAAGUUUCCGAAGAGAACACAAUGCAGGCCAAUGAACGAAUGCUCUUCCAUGGUAGCCCCUUCAUCAAUGCCAUUGUCCAGAAGGGUUUCGAUGAACGACAUGCCUACAUUGGUGGUAUGUUUGGUGCUGGCAUUUAUUUUGCCGAACACAGUUCGAAAAGUAAUCAAUAUGUGUAUGGUAUUGGUGGAGGUAUUGGAUGUCCAUCGCACAAAGAUAAAUCGUGUUAUAUGUGUCCAAGACAAUUGCUUUUGUGUCGAGUGGCUCUGGGUAAAUCUUUUCUGCAAUAUAGUGCCAUGAAAAUGGCCCAUGCACCGCCGGGUCAUCAUUCCGUUAUUGGCCGGCCCUCGGCGGGUGGCCUGCACUUUGCCGAAUAUGUGGUGUACAGAGGUGAACAGGCCUAUCCCGAAUAUCUAAUUACCUAUAAAAUUGUCAAACCCGAGGACAGUAGUAGCGGGGCCGAGGAAACAAGAUGAUGGAUGCCCUCUGUCGGUUCUACACCAACUACAUCAUCGCCAGCCCUGCAACAGCAACAGUCAUUACAAUCUUCUAUGGCUCCAGCACAGCACUCCAGCAAUGCCGUGCACUUGCCACCGCAAAAUUCCUCUAGCAUUUCCCUGCAACAGCAACAUGCCAAAAUCCAGCAGCAACACUCACUGCCAUUGCAGUUACAAUACCAGGUGACGACAACGCAACCUUCGCCGGCUGGCAUGUUCAUUAGCCAGACGGCUGGGAUUAUUAGCAGCACGGCCGCCUUGGGUAAUACGGCGUCGUUUUUCAAUGCAGCCACAUCCGGGGCGGAUCUAUCGCCCACAUCAUCGACAGCCUCGUUUUCAUCGGUGGAUACAAAUCAAACUUUGCUAAAUUCCAUUGCAGCCAAUCAACAGCAGCAACAACAACAGCAGCAGCAAUCGUCUCAGAGCUCAGGCUCAAAUCAACAUCACCACCUAUCCUCAUUGGGUCAGAAAAAUUCCUAUUCUUCAUCUUCCGGAGGACAUGGCAAUGGUUCGACGACCUCAAAGGCCAUUGUGCCCUCCUCGAAUCGUUCUUAUCGCACCAAAUACAGUCAAUUUAUGAUUAUCACCCCAGCCGUGUCCAUAGAUAGAGAUUUUGAUCGCACCGACACCCUGUCUUCGAAUGCGGCCGAUAAUCAUGGCUUCCACACAGCCGACGAUGAUCCCUAUCCCCACAAUGGCAAUAUAUUUCGCUUCAACAAUCUGCAGGCAAGCAUUGACAGCGGCAACAGCAGUGACAGUGGUUCAUUUCGUUCCAAUUACAAUCCCUAUCUGCACAAUAGUCGCCAGCACCUGUUGCCUAAAUCGGCCCCACCUUUUUAUAAUUUCUCGCCAUCGUCAUGGUGUAAUUUGAUUUGUGCAGCCAUGCGCUGCUUUGGGGCUGGUGGUGGAGGUGGUGGCGGUGCUGGGGGCAGUGGCCGGAAUCGUAGUGGCCUGUAUAGCACCUCCUUUGGACGGCCACCCUAUCAAAGGUCUCGCAGUUCGGGACCGCACACCUCGUCGAAGACGCCGCAUCGUCGUUUGCGUUCGUAUUCCACUUCAUCGUUUACACCCGAAACUGCCUUUGAGCAUUUCUCUGCACCGUUUAAGGCGCGCAAGACGCGUGACGAACAGAACAACAUUGCCUAUGAGUUGUGACGCUGGUUAAGAUUGCAGGAAGAAAAAGAACAGCAACACCAAUUGCAAAUGGAGCCGCAACAAGAAAUUAAACUUAGACUUCCAGAAACAAGAAAAAAUGAUCUCUCUUUUUUAUUACAACUACAACUACGAUUAUUACAACAACAACAACAAAAACUACUAAUACAAUUAUUGCAAAAUUUACGACAACUAUUCCUCAUAAUUAAGCUCAUCAUCAUUAUGAACGAAAUAGUAAAAGGAGAAGAUAAAACGCUCGCAAUAUUUUCAUACGAAACUCUUAAUCCUUGUCCCCCGACCCCUUCCCGCAAAACCUUGAUCAUGAUGAUGUACGUGCAAAUGUAUUUGAUUUAAUUUUUUUUAAUAUUUUAAUUUUCUUGUCUUUUUUUGUAUUACAAAAUUGUUUUUGUAUGAGACUUUUUCUUUUUAUUUACCAAUAGCUGUAACUUUAGUUAAAUUGAAAUCGAACGAAGUUUAAUUUUUAAAUUUUAUAUAUGUCAAAUUUUAAGGGUAUACAUUUUAUUUUAAAGAGGAUCAUUGAUAAAAUAUACGAAAAGCAAUCUCUUGAUUGAAAAAAAAAACUCUUGAACCAUUUGUUGCAGAAGGCAAACGUUGAAUAGAAUGCAGAGAAAAUUGUUGCUCCAACGUUUUCAAAUGCAUUUUCCUGAAAUUGGUAUAUGGUGAAGAUAGAAGUUGCCGUAAAGUGAAAUAUCAAAAGAUGAAUACAUCAAUAUACACUGUUCUCAUCUCUUCUCAAAAAGUCAAUCAGCGAGGUGAUUUUUCAAUUAUUAGUUGCCUUGGCUCCGUGUUUAAUUACUUCAAUACAUGUGUCUUUGCCCAAAAAUUUCCUAUCCUACGCAUUUUAAAAUAUAUUCUGAAAUUGGCGGUUCGUAUGGAAUACAUUCAAACCCUCAUAAAAAAAACAGAUUACCUUCCAAUAGAAGAAAUCAGAAUGCCAAUUGAUCUACAAGGUAUGCUCAUUGAAAAUCUGAAUGGAGCUCUAGUUUUUUUUUAUCAGCAAAGGGAUACAUUUUGACAUUUUUUUCCUUCUGGUUGUAUUUAAAGAAACAUCCUC